AUGUCGUGUACAGCAGAACCAAUUCCUCUCAUUCCUCUCAUGCUGUUCACCCCAACAGGCAUUCGGAGGCUGGAGGUUUCCCACGUCUGGCUCUCCAUCCCUUUCACUUGCAUUUACAUUGCGUCACUUGCGGGGAACUGCACAAUCCUCUUUGCCAUCGGGACCGAUCCGAGCCCCCACGAGCCCAUGUACCAAUUCCUGUCCUUGAUGGCCAUCACCCAUUUGGUUUCGUCUCUCUCUACAAUGCCAACUGUGAUGAGUGUUUUCUGGGUCAACUACAGGGAAAACAGUUUCAGAGAAUGUUUUGCUCUGCUUUACUUUGUUCAUUUCCUCUCCUUUGUGGAGUCCUCAGUGCUUCUGGCCAUGGCCUUUGAUUGUUAUGUGACCAUCUGGUACCUGCAGAGAUACUCCUCCAUCCUCAGCAGUGCCAGGAUAGGCAGGAUUGGGCUGGCUGCUCUGUGCGGAUACCUCUUAGGAGGGCUGCCAUCGCCUGCUGUCUCAUCAAUCAGAUGUGCAGACAUCGCAUUCAGUAACUGGUAUGACUUUGCUGUAGCCAUUUUUUGUCUGACGUUCAACAUCAUCCUCACCUUUGUGUCAUAUAUACUGAUUGCUGGGGCCAUUCUGAGCAUCACAUCCCAGAGGGAGCAUCUCAAGGCUUUGAACAACUGCCUGUCCUGUAUCAUGGCAGUCCUGAUCCUGUACAUCCCCAUGGGUGGCUUGUCCAUGGUUCACCAGUAUGGCCAGGAUCCUUCCCCUCUUGUUCACAUCUUCAGGUCCAACGUCUGCUUGCCGGUCCUUCCCACGCUGAACCCCGUCUUCUACAGUAUAAAAACUAAACAGAUCCACAGGGAUGUGUCCUCAGGAUCCUCAUGCCAAGGAGGAGCUCCUCUGGUGGGACAUCAGAGAUGUCCCUGGCAGAGAUCGCUGCUCUGGGAAACACCCACCUAA